AUGGCUAGCAGGAUCAGAACAGUGCUCGACUCUACCGCAACCAUGGCUGGCAGGAUCAGAACAGUGCUCGGCCCUAGAACCGCGGAAUCACCAGAGUUUCAACACUGGUGCAAAAAGAUGUUCACACUCAAGUCAAUCAAUAACCAGCUUUUGAUCUGUCGCGAAGGGAAACCCAUUGCAAUUCGGGAGAAGCUGUUUAUAAUUUUGGCACGAGCCCAUCAGCAAUGCCAACAUGGAGACCUACACAAGACUUCACUUGAAGUUGAAAGAAUCUAUUUCAAAAUCCCUCAUAACCUAAUUAAUGAGUUCAUUAAACUCUGCCCAAUUUGCUGGAAUCGUACACCCCGAUCGCCUGCUGAAGAUAUCUCUUUCGAUGUCAUCAAUUUUGACCGGCCAGAGACAAUACUAUUUUACUUGAAGCAUUUUGAGGGGGGUUCGGACCCCGCUCCUACCACAUCCAUGCCACCACCAAGACAGAGCCAAUUUCACUAUGAAUCUGAUGGUUCUGUUCAGAUCCCUUCCUUUAACGAAUUAAUCGCUACACUCCCGGAAGCCUCGCGGCAAAAGAAAACGGCAGAUGACUGCUGUAGUGAAAUGGAAGUGUUCCGUCAAGAGCGGGUGGGUGCUGCCUCCAGAGGGUUGUGCGAAGAUCUAGGAUGGACCCAGCAAUGUCGAACUCGGGUGGAUGCAACCACUAAAAUCUCCACCCAACCACAUCGAGAGGACUCACCAAGCGGUCGCGAACCUUGGGGCGUUUUUCCGUAG